AUGGCAGAUCUACUUUUGCCCCAGGCCAACGGACCGCAAGAACGAGAUGCUUCUCGAAGGCUGGAAGGCCCAAUUCAUGCAGAGAGGCACAUUAGGAUAAUAUGUGUUGGCGCUGGGGCUUCAGGCCUCCUCAUGGCCUACAAGCUGCAAAAGCAUUUCAAUAACUUCAGCCUGACGAUAUACGAGAAGAACCCAGCUGUUGCAGGAACUUGGUGGGAGAACAGAUACCCUGGAUGCGCUUGCGAUGUUCCUUCACACAACUAUACUUGGAGCUUUGAGCCUAAGCUGGACUGGUCGUCUGUAUACCCACCCGCAAAGGAGAUCUACGACUACCACGAGAACUUUGCAAGGAAAUAUGGACUCUUUCAAUAUGUCCGGCUGAACCACCAAGUCAUUGGUGCAUACUGGGACAAUCAUCGUGGCGGCUAUGACGUCAGAAUCAAGGAUACAACGAAGGGCACCAUCAUCAGUGAUCAUUGUGAUCUGCUGAUCAACGCUGGUGGUAUUCUGAACAACUGGAAGUGGCCAGCGAUCCCCGGCUUAAAGAAGUUCAGAGGUACACUGCUGCAUACAGCCAAUUGGGAUGACUCGGUAACACUGGACGGCAAGCAUGUUGGCCUGAUUGGCAAUGGGUCCUCUGGCAUUCAAGUCCUUCCUGCCAUUCGGGAAAAGUGCAGCAAAGUGACGACUUUCAUUCGCGAGCCAACAUGGGUAUCUCCGGUGCAAGGCCUCGAACAGCAUGUAUAUUCUCAGGAAGAAAGACAGAAGUUUGCUAACGAGCCGAAUUCUUUAUUAAACUACCGCAAGGAGAUCGAGACAGGACUCAAUGGACAGUUCGGUAUCUUCCUGAAGAACAAUCAGGUCAAUAUAGAAACGCACGAGUAUAUGCUUGGCCAGAUGAAGGAGAAGCUCGGCAAUGAGUACUUGGAGUCGAAGCUCAUCCCGGAAUGGAGUGUCGGCUGUCGCCGAUUAACGCCGGGAGUCAACUAUCUGGAGUCUCUCACGAAAGAGAACGUUGAGGUUGUUUAUGGCGAGAUCAAUGAGAUCACUGAACGGGGCUGUCUUUGUGACAAUGGCCAGGAAUAUCCAGUAGAUGUCCUUAUCUGCGCAACUGGGUUUGACACGUCCUUCAAGCCUCGGUUUCCAGUCGUUUCGGACAAGGGCGAGAACCUUCAAGACAAAUGGGCAGCCGACCCCCAGUCUUACCUCGGAGUGGCUGCUGCUGGCUUCCCGAACUACUUCAUCUUCCUAGGUCCCAACAGCCCGAUCGGCAAUGGGCCUGUACUGUCUGCCAUUGAAGCACAGGCAGACUGGAUGUGCAAGCUCAUCGACCGCCUCCAGACAAACAACAUCAGGACAUUCUCCCCAAAGGAGAAAGCGGUGCAGGAUUUCAUUGACUACAAAGACUGGUUCAUGACCAGAACAGUUUGGGCAGACCCUUGCCGGUCGUGGUACAAGCCUAGAGCUGACGGCCCGGUCGUUGCUUUAUGGCCCGGGUCGACCUUGCACUACAUUGAGUGCAUGAACGACCUUCGCCUAGACGACUUUGACGUGACGUAUACGGGAAAUAGGUUCGCGUGGCUUGGAAAUGGAUACUCUCAGACAGAGCUUGAUGAUACGGCAGACUGGGCCUUCUAUAUCAGAGACCACGAUGAUGACGCGCCUCUGUCAACGGCUGGUCGCAGAAAGCUCCUCUCAAAGAGUGGAACUCAAGUUGGGCGGCAGAUGGUAAACUUCACUGGAAAGCAGGAAGAUCCGGCCACACCAGCACCCAAAGAGUCCAGACUAUGA